UCUUAUUCUAUCAUAUAUUAAUACUAUAAUAUUCAUACUAAUUUCUACGAAAUAACAUGCGGCCAGGUCCGUUCAAAGAUCGCAUGUUGUUAGGACAGGUCGUAGCGUACACAUACACGCGCACCUGUAUUGCGCUUACAGAACAGGACGUAGGCAGCGUAGCCUAAAGCAGGAAUUAUAAUUAAACGCUAGGCAAAUGAUGAUAUUGAUGAGCUGCGUCUAAUAAAUAAACGGACGAGCGGAUCAAUGAUGGACUACGCUGUUGAUACGUGCAUAGUUGCAUAGCAGCCGAUUAAUCGGUUAGGCCGGGAUACCCCAGACUUUGUUACGAUCGCUGGCGAUGGACGGUCAAAGAUCCGUUGCUGCGUCUUCUACGGUACUACUAGUACUAUCUGUGGUGCUUGGAUCUGUUCACUAAUGAACAGCAACGGGCCUCGGUUGGCGAUGCUCUUUCGCUGUCCACUGAUGGACGUAUCGAUUGGGGUAUUUACAAAAUGAAAUGUUUCAUAGAUGGCGCCGAAAUCGAUAUAUAUGAUCACUUUAUAAGAUGGGCUUUGUGUGAAUACGCUUACAAUUUGACUACUGUUGACAGAAAGAGGGAGAAAGGGCUGUAUUGGAGUCACUUAAUGUUUCCUAAGAAAAAGGCAUCUACUCAUACGUAUAUAUAUAUACAUAUAUAUUAUCGCACAGUUUAUGUUUUUUUUUACAGUUUACGGUGCCUGCUAGAAUGUAACAUCGGCAUAACAUAUAUGUAUCAACGUGAGUCUUUUACGCAUCUUAUUUAAUUAUCAAAUAAUGACACGAUACGACUAUAAGCUAAUUUAAAAAUAAGCUAUUUUUUCAUUUUAGUUUUUCAUUGCUUUUUUCGCGCUCGGAUUAAAAAAAAAGUAAGUAUCUCCAGCAAAAAUAUUUUAACGACGGUAAAUCAGAAUAAAACUUAGAUAUUUCCAGAAGCGUUUGUCAGUUCGUUUAUAAUCAUUCCAUUCUUUACUUUUUUUGCGUUGUCAAUACGUUUACCUUCCCCUGUGGCUUUCCUUCUUUCCUUUUUCCUUCAGUUGGAUCUACUCGAUUUUAUUUGAUCACGGAUAUUGACGGUACUGAUUCGGUAGUGGCGCCAUCUAUCGGCGCGUCGAAUCGCGCGAUGUGGCCAUUUCUCGCGGGGUCCAAUGUGGCCCUCGCCGAAUGGUGGUUGGCAUUGCGGCGGCGCUUCGGAUGGAUUCGCGAAACCAAGAGGCCACCGCGGUGGACGGCACCAACAAGCGCCAGGCGUCAGCAUCACCAACGCCUGCACGAUGAUUCUGUUCACCGAUGAAAUUUACCUGCCUUUAAAAUAAGCUAAUCUGUUGCUGUACCGAGGGAAAAACAUUGCUCCCUCUUCUUCCCACCUCAGUGGAGGCUACAGACAGCUCUCGAUGGUAUUGGAGUCCUGAACCAAUCUAAGGUUUGACAGCAGAUUCAGAGCAGUGUCUUUGGAAUAUCGGUAGGCAUUUCGCCACGCACUCACGCAUCAGUUGUACUAAUAGCAGCAUACGAACCACAACAUUGUCGAUAAUAGUCACCAAGCUACGAUUCCAGACACCUUUCGAAGCCGAUAACAUCAGGAAAGAAAGGUAGCCAGGAUGUACGUGUUUACCUGGAGACGCCGGUUACGAACCAGAAUCCUCUUCUAUCUUCAACCUUAAGUGAAGCGUGAAAUAGUGUUUGAGGGUGACUGGUCCAUUGUUGUUGAUUUUGGGCAGCUGAGUGUGCGUGUGAGAUAGAAAAAGGAAAGCGUUAAUAGAUUGUGAUUCGGUUUGUUAACGAUACCCAUGACGAUGAGCCCUAACGGAUAACCCGUACCAGUCGUUCAAAUGUUUGAAGCCUUGGAUAUUAGCGAUAGGACCAGGUACAAGGAGUUGCAAUGUUUCAGUAUUCAAUGAUGUGAUCCUAGUAGAUGAAUUGAUGUCAGCAACUUAUCUAAAUGCUUGUGGCAUAAAUAUAAUAAGUGAAUUAUCGCGGAAAAAAUUGCAUUUAUACAUCAGCUAAUUGACAUCGUAUGCUUAAAAAUAUCUGCUAUCAGAAAAAAAUUGAGAAGCUUGUUUAUGGGUGUGCGUGUCCAGUGUUUCUUUUAGGAUUUUAGGGUAUUCAUUUGGUGGAGGAAGAACCACAGCUGUAAGUUAGACGAUGUCUUCGCGACCCCCUCCACCUGUAAUAGCAACAAGAGUCCCAUCUAGUUAUCCUCUAUAUUUGACGAACAACCGUUUCCGUCGAGGACCCCUUCCAGUGACUGUUGUAGGUCCGGAUGGAACAAAUGUGCCAGUAGCUAGUCGGGACACUUAUUAUAGUGGGCAACAUGAACCCUUCUAUCCCACGGCGACAGCAGACCACCCCAAUGCAUAUAGCGGUGCCUAUAGUGCAUACAACACAUACAGCGGCGCUUACGGCCCUCCAGCCAGUGGCAAUGGAGAUUAUAUCCAGUCUGCCUUUCCCCUUGAAGUCUACUUCCCUUCGGUGCUUUUUACUCAGAAUGAUCGACCCAGAGCGAGAUUGAAAUCGUCUAGAAGCUAUGAUCAUGAUACAAGGAUGUUAGAAGGCUGCGGACGUGUGGUGAAGUAUUCGUUGUUCGUGGCCAAUUUGGUCAUCAUGCUUGGCGGAAUGGUCGUCUUCUCAGUUGGCGCCUGGACCCUCGCAGAUAGGAGCUUCAUGGAGCGUCUAUUGGGCACCGAUCUGUACGUGUCAUCGGCCGCCAUCCUGAUUGCAACUGGCUGUAUAGUAACUUUUGUCUCAUUGCUAGGAUGCCUUGGAGCAUUUAAGGAGAUUAAGUGCAUGCUUUUAACAUUUUUCGUUAUCCUAUUCAUGUUGUUUAUCGUGAUGAUGGUUGGCGGAAUUCUCGGUUACGUAUUCCGAAAUGAGGUGGACGAGCGGAUGUAUCAAGAGAUGCUGAUGUCGAUCCCGAUUUAUAAGAACGACUCGGUCGUCACCAAGGCCUGGGACGCCGUUCAAAGACACUUCAAAUGCUGCGGCAUUCCCGGGCCUAUUCCAAAUGAGAAGCCGUACCGAAUUUGGUUACAAAAUGCCCACUUUAACGACCGCAACAUGCAGGUGCCCGAUUCAUGCUGCAUGCGCAGCGAAUGGCUUGUGGGCUGUAGAGGAAGUCCAUCCGAAAGAGACACCUAUAUGGACAAUUGUCACACCCGAGUACGCGACUUCGUCAAAGGGCACGCGAAAAUCGUGGGAGGGGUCGGAAUAGGCAUCGCCUGUUUGUUGGUUGUCGGCAUGGCUUUGUCAUGUGCGAUGUUCCUUAUGAUCCAGUGAACGAACCUCAGCAUCAUUACGCAUGU